AUGGACAAAGUCCUCUCGAAGGUGAGGAACCACAUCAUGCAAGGGUGGCCAAGUGCAAGGAAUCUUCCAGAGGAAGUAAAGCUCUUUGUCAGCAAGAGAGAAGAGCUGCCAAUGGAGGAUGACGUUAUCCUGUGGGGAUCACGAGUGGUCAUACCAGAUAAUAUGGAGAUGAGGACUAGAAUCCUUGAAGACCUGCAUAGCACGCACCCGGGCAUCGUGAAAAUGAAUGCCUUGGUCAGAUCAUAUGUCUGGUGGCCAGGGAUUAACAAAGAGUUGGAACAACAAGUAAGAAGUUGUCCAAGCUGUCAGCUGAUUCAACAUAGUCCAGUGGCAGCUCAAAUCCAUCCAUGGGAGUUUCCUGAGAAACCCUGGAGUAGGAUUCACUGUGACUAUGCAAGCCUGGACGAGGAGAAUUUGCUGAUUGUGGUCGAUGCUCACAGCAAAUGGAUUGAAGCCAUUCGGGUGAGACACACAACAUCAGCAGCAACAGUGAGGGCCCUGAGACGGUUGUUUGCAACUCAUGGGUUACCGGAAACGGUGGUCAUAGACAACGGUACGCAGUUUGUGUCGGAGGAGUUUGCCCGGUUCCUCAACAGUAACAACAUCUGCCAUAUACAAACAUCACCUAAACACCCGUCCAGCAACGGACUAGCCAAAAGAGAUGUACAGAUGGUGAAAGCAGUGUGA